UUUGAAUUGAAAUUUUGCAGUUGUCAAUUUUCACUAUUAUUUCUAACUUUUAAGACUGUGUUUUGAAUUUUUUUUUGUGAUUUAAAUUGUUAUUAUGAAUUUCCUUAGUGAUAUCUAUCAGAAAAGUUUACAUGAAAACGAAAAAAAUAUUAAAUUCUGGGAAGAAUAUUUACAAAAUCUAAACACUCUCAACUUUGAAAUCUAUUCUGAUAAGUUGUCAGUACCAAUAUUAGUACCUAUUGGAAAUAAAAUAUUAUUUAGGGGAGCAUUAAAACACACAAAUGAAGUGACCGUAGCCUUAGGCGCGGAUUAUUUUGCUAAAUGUUCUAUUAAACAGGCUGAGGUACUGAGGCAGCACAGAAUUAAAGAUGCAAAAUCAAAACUUGAAGAAUAUAAUAAAGAGAAAGAAUAUCUUGAAAAUCAACUAUCUUUUGGAAAACAAAAUGUAUAUGGUAAUACUGGUCAGGACAUUAUUGAAGUUUGUACUGAAGAGGAAGAUAAAGCGUGGAGGGAGCAGCACAGAGAGAGACUGAAACGAUAUCAUCAGAGUGACGAUAAGAAGAAAGAAAACAUAAGUAAAGACAUCUCCGACGAAGAACUGUGGAUGAGGUUGGAGGAGUUGGAGUUACAGGAGGAAAUGCAAAAUGAAAUGCAAAACUCAGAUACUGUAGAGGAAACCAAUAGUUAUGAAUCAAACUUUGAUUCUUGUGUCAUCAAAGAAUCUGAUGUUAAAGAUGUCAGAGCUGAUGAAGCUACAGAGAUAGUCUCAAGAAUAACGCACAAUGUUCCAAAGCAAACUUCAAAGACAGAUUUAUUACAGCAAGUUCUCAACAGACAGGAAAUGCUUUCGACUAAACUGACCGAACUCAAGAGUAGGGAACGGCCGGAAACUACUACAGAGAGUGAAUUGUUGUCCAGAUUAGAUGAAAUUGAACUCCUGGAUGACCUGGAGGAUGAAAUGGAUAGAAUAGAUGAUAUAUUAGAAACUGCUGAAGAUGAAGAUUCAUCAAGAAGUGACACUUCCAAGUCGAGUAAAAGUGUGGCCUUCGCUGACGAAGAUGAUGGUGAGACAUUGGAAUUAACGUUCACACAUACGGAUGUGGAACCAGAUAUGACACCGUAUGAUCCAGAAAAGGGUAUCAUGAAGCCGAGGGAUAUUUAUGUAGCGUAUGCAAACCUAUUUAAUAAUGGAACAACAUCCAUAUUAAGAAAAUCUAAAUAUUUGGAUAAAUCAGCCAACGUAACAAAGGAAAUGGAAGCGCCGCAAGCAGUGAAUAAGAAUGCUAUUACCGAUACGGAGAGACAAGAAAUAGUUGUGAGGGAUGUUGUUGAAAAAUCUGCAUCUCCAGAAAAUGUAACUGCCAGUGCGAGACCCACCAGCCUCUUCAAACAGAAGCGACAGCAGAAGUCUUAAGUCAAGCUAAGAUAAGAAUUCCUCGUUUAAAGUUUACAUUAUACUAAUACAAAUCUUUAAAAUUCUUGUUUUCUACCUUUCAACAUUUACACAAUUAAAUCCCUUUUAUUCAAAUAGAAUUUUUAUUUUUAAACCUUUCAAAGAUUAUGAAGGUCUACAAUAAAUACAUUUUCACAGACUAAA